UUCUCUGUAGACUGUAUUUUGGUAAUUUAACUAGUCAUAAUAUUACAAGGUAAAAAUGUCAAAAAUUAAUAAAAAUAUUAGGGUAAAUUGACAGGAUAAAAAAUUGGAUCCAGCGUGAUCCACAUGUUUCCAAAUAAACAAUAAAUAAAUACAAUUUUUUAAAAAUGUUAAAAAUUAUUACUAGAAGAUUAUGUUUAAUUGAAAAAAAAUAUGUUUAUCAACAAGCAUAUUCAACAAUUAAUAGCGAAAAAAAAUAUUCAAAUGAAAUACAAAUAUUGGAUAAAAAAUAUCGAACAGAUGAAUGGACAAAUGUUGGUGAUAAAAUAAUUGAAAAAUUAAACAAAAAUUUACAUAUUAAAAAAUAUCAUCCAUUAUCACAUAUACGUGAAAGAAUUGUUAAUUAUUUUUAUAAAAAUUAUCCAAAUAAAUGGGGUAAUCCUGAGUUUAGUGUGUAUGAUAAUUUAAAACCAAUUGUAACAAUUGAACAAAAUUUUGAUUCAUUAUUAACACCAAAAGAUCAUGUUAGCCGCAAUAAAAGUGAUUGUUAUUAUAUCAAUAGAGAUUUAUUAUUAAGAGCACAUACAUCUGCUCAUCAAUCAGAGCUAAUUGGAAUGGGUUUAAAUAAUUUUUUGGUUAUUGGUGAUGUUUAUAGAAGAGAUGAAAUUGAUGCAACACAUUAUCCAGUAUUUCAUCAAGUUGAAGCUGUUAGAUUAUGCACUAAAAAUGAAGUAUUUAAAAAUGUACAAGGUUCUGGUGGUCUUGAAAUAUUUGAAGAUAAUGGAAAAAUGAAUGAACAAAAACAGCAAAUACAUUCAUUGGAAGCUGUUAAAAUAAUGGAGCAUGAAUUAAAAAAAGAUCUUGUUGGUCUUGUACAGGCACUUUUUGGGAAAGACAUCAAGUAUCGAUGGGUUGAUGAAUAUUUCCCAUUUACUCAUCCAUCAUGGGAGCUUGAAAUAUUUUUCAAUGACAAAUGGAUGGAGGUACUUGGUUGUGGAAUAAUUAGAGAUGAAAUAUUAAAAAAUGCUGGUGCAACUGAUAGAAUUGGCUGGGCAUUUGGUCUUGGUCUUGAAAGACUGGCAAUGUGUCUGUAUGAUAUUCCAGACAUUAGAUUGUUUUGGAGUCAAGAUUCUGGAUUUUUACAUCAAUUUGAAUUUGAUGAUCCAAAUACAAAUGUUAAAUAUAAACCAGUAAGUGUCUUUCCACCAAUAAUUAAUGAUAUGAGCUUUUGGCUCCCUGAUGGUAAAUUUUCGUCAAAUGAUUUUUAUGACCUCGUCAAAGAAGUUGGAGGCGAUGUUGUUGAACAAGUCAAGCUUAUUGAUGAAUUUAAACAUCCCAAAAAAGGGAAAACUUCACAUACAUAUAGAAUUAUUUAUCGAGACAUGGAACGUAAUUUAACACAAAAAGAAAUCAAUGUUAUACAUAAAAAAAUUGGUGAUAUUUCAAUGGCGGAUCUUGGAGUUACUUUGAGAUCAAAAUAAUAUUGUUUUAUCUUUAAAAUUAAAAUAAAUCAACCCCUUUUUUUUUUGUUAAAUUAUGUAUUGUUUUAUUUCUUAAUGUUGCAUUUAAUUCCAUAACACAAUAUAUAAUAACAAUGGUUACAGUCAGUUCCUUAUCUUUGUUUUUUUUUUUUUUAUCAUCAUUCGAUUGGCUCGGUUGAUUUUUCAAAGUGAACAAAUAAAAAUAUCUUAUAAAUUUAGCUGUUUUUAGCAUGAUAAUAUCUCGAAU